AUGUUUAAGAGUAUUUUUAGAAACAAUAUCAAAAGAUUUUCAUCUACAGGGGUCAAAUAUGCAGAGAAUGCAACAAAAGAUUUCAAGUUGGGUUCCAGAGGUAAGACAUCAUCUUCGAUGAAACAAUGGAUCCCUAUAUCCAUUUUUGGUGGCAGUUUUUUGUUUGGUUGGUAUUUGACUAAGCAUAUGACUUUCACUGAUCUAAUGGCAUACUUGCGAUAUGAUAGUUUACCACAAGAUGCCCUGGAAGUGGAGAAGUAUAAGGGUGAAGUGCUUGCUAGGUUGGAGAAUCUAUCUAUUGUCAAACAGUUAAAUGCGAAUGGUUAUGUGGAGAUACAUAAGCCAGACAUGACUGGUCAAGUCGAUGGUAGGAAAAACAGAUUGGUCUUACAAAGCCUUCUCAGCCCUGGCGCCAUCGCAAUUCCACCAAGAUUUUAUUACAAUCCAACUACUAAGGAUACUGUGGGAAUUUACCAUUUGGGUAUGAAGUUGACUGGGUAUCCAUUUAUUGUUCAUGGUGGUAUCUUAGCCACUAUAUUAGAAGAUUUAAUGAGAGAAAGUGUCAAAUUUGUUCUAGAUAAGAAGGGGGAAAAAAUCAAGGAUUUGAAAGUAUCUUAUCGUAUGCCCACUUUAGCUAACCAGUUUGUCAUUGUUCGUACUACAUCUAUCGAACAAAAUGGUAAAACUGUCAAAUUGAAAGCAGAUGUAAUGAAUCAAUCUGGGCAAAGAGUAUUAGUUCAAGGUUCUGGUUCUUUUAAAAUUUAA